AUGCUCUGUACAUUAGAUUCAUUGAUGCAGCAGUUACCUUUAUCUAUAAUUGAUAGUGCUAUUGGCAUUAAAUUUGAGGAAAAAAAGACAAAUGCAUGCAAUAUAACCAAUGUAAGAGUGGAAAUCCAGGAACCUCUACGAUAUGGAAUAACGGCAUCUGAACCAAAAACCGCAAGAGAAAUUAAAUCUUCUGUUAUAUAG